GACAAAAUCAAACGGUUUUCAACCUUCUUCCUUGCAUUCAAUAAUUUUAUUCAUAACUGAAGUGGUGUUUGUUGCGUCUGGGUGACCAUAAAUUUCGUCUGUUCAUUUGUUGCAUUUAUAAUUUUUUUUUUGCAAGCUACUGAUUAUUUUUUUGCAACAAAUUUUAACCCAAGGUUAUUGCACAAAAGCGACGCUUUGCAUUGUAGUGAUUUUUUUUCUGCAACAUGGAGGGCCAAAAAGGAUCCGGUGCCGGAAGAGCACGUGGCCAAGGGAGGGCUUCAAGACAGCAACAAGGAGGUUCCAAUGGAAAUAGUGGUGGCGGCGGCGGAGGCGGCGGUGGUCGUCGCCCGCCGAAUAUUCAAACUCCGGGCCAACAGGGUGGAGGCAACUGGAGGCAAGGAGGUGGCAACGGUCAUGGAGGUGGCGGUAACGGUUAUGGAGGAGGCGGUGGUGGUGGUAAUGGCCAUCGCGGAGGUGGUGAACAACAAUCGGCUUGGGGUGGUCAAAGAGGAGGCCAACAGCAGGGAGCAUGGGGUGGUGGCCCACCGCAUCAACGGCAACCUCAGCAACAGGCUCCUCCACCACAGCAGUCAGCUUGGGGUCAAGGUGCACGUCAACCUACUCCAUCGACUUCAGCACCCACAGCUGCCCCUCAACAGCGGGCGCCAGCACCUUCAACUCAGGGUAGAGCCACAAGCCAUGGAGCUGGAGCAGAAGUUGUAAAGGAGGAUGCACGUGGAGCAGUACGUGGAAGACGUGUUAUCACUGAAUUUAUUGCAACACGUCCAAAAGAGUGCAUCUCAAAGACCGGUAAAAGUGGCCAGCCUGUAACUGUUCAGGCUAAUUACUAUCGAGUCCUCAAAAAGCCCAAGUGGUCAAUUUUCCAAUAUCGUAUUGAUUUUGCCCCCGAUGUUGACUUGAUUAGAGCUCGCAGAAGCUACAUUUAUGAACAUCGAGAACUAUUUGGUGGCUAUUUGUUUGAUGGUGCUAUGCUCUUCACAAGUACUAAUUUGAAUACACCAACUAAAGAAUUGUACUGCAAAAACAAGGAAGGAGAACCAAUACAAAUUAAAGUUAAAAAUGUUGGUGAGAUCAAAGUUACUGACAUACAAUUGUUGCAAGUGUUGAAUUUGAUUUUGAGACGUUCAAUGGAGGGAUUAAAUCUUCAGUUGGUCGGUAGAAACUUUUUCGAUCCUGUUGCUAAGAUUUGCGUACCAAACCACAAGUUGGAAAUAUGGCCAGGUUACACAACCUCCAUUCGUCAGCACGAACAAGAUAUUCUACUUUGCGCUGAAAUUACACACAAAAUUAUGCGAACUGAUACGCUUUUACAAAUUUUGAUUAAAUGCUCACAAGAGAGCGGUGAUUAUCAGAGUCAAUUUAAGAAGGAAGUUGUCGGAAUGGUCGUCUUGACGGAUUACAACAACAAAACCUACCGUAUUGAUGAUGUUGAUUUUAAUCAGACACCAAUGUCCAAAUUCAAUACCAGCAAAGGUGAUGUCUCUUACUGUGAUUAUUAUCAACAGCGUUACAGGCUUAACAUUCGUGACAAGAAACAACCAUUGUUGGUUUCUCGUCCAACUGAGAAAAAUAUUCGUGGUGGCCAAAGCGAAUUUAUUAUGCUCAUUCCUGAACUUUCAAGAGCAACUGGUUUGAAUGACGAAAUGAAAAACAACAGAACUCUCAUGAGAGCUAUUGCUGACCAUACUCGAUUGGCUCCAGAACCGCGUAUUGAGCGACUUAGGAUGUUCCACAGACGCUUGGAUGGAGCACAAUCAUCCCAAGAAGUAUUAAAAUCAUGGAAUUUGCAGUUGGACACUAAACUCAUUGAGCUACCAGGUCGUAUUUUGAAGAAUGAAAAUAUUUUGUUUGCUAACAAUCGCAAGUACACAUGCGACAAAAAUGCCGAUUGGAAUAGAGAGUUCCGCAACAACUCUAUGUUCGUUCAAAAGGAAGUCCGAAGAUGGUAUGUGAUUGUACCUCAGCGUUUUAGCCGUGAGGCCAAUGAUUUUGUCCGAUUGAUGCGUCAAGCAGCAAAUGGAAUGAAGAUGAACAUUGCCGAACCAAGAAUAAUGGAAAUGCCAGAUGACAGGAAUCCAUCCUAUGCAUCAGCCAUUGAAACAGCUUGUAAUAGUGAUCCCCAAAUCUUGGUUAUUGUUGUAGCCAAUGAUAAUGCUGAGAGAUAUAGCUGCAUUAAAAAGAAGUGCAUCGUAGAUCGUGCCAUUCCAUCCCAAGUACUCAACUUGCGAACCAUUGCCCCGCGUGGAAAAACUUCCGGUUUGAUGUCGGUCGCUACCAAAGUUGUGAUUCAGAUCAACGCCAAAUUGCUCGGAGCUCCAUGGAUGAUCGAGCUUCCAAUGCAAGGUUUGAUGACUGUUGGUUUUGACGUAUGCCACAGUGCAAGAGAUUCUCUAAAGUCAUAUGGUGCUUUGGUAGCCACAAUGGAUCUCAGGCAAUCCACUUCUUAUUUCAGUGCUGUAACUGAGCACUUGAAGGGCCAAGAACUCUCCAAUGAGAUUGUCCUCAAUAUGAACAAAGCUCUUAAAAAAUACCGAGAAGCUCAUGGUGCGUUGCCUGAACGUAUUCUCUUCUUCCGCGAUGGUGUCGGUGAUGGACAGCUCCAACAGGUGGUCGACAAUGAGAUUACAUCACUCAAGCAAAAACUCGAUCAAAUCUACAUUAGUGCUGGUAUUGAGCGUGGAUGUCGAUUGGCAUUCAUUGUGGUUUCGAAGAGAAUCAACACGCGUUUGUUUGUCAUGGCCAAUAACCCACAACCUGGCUUGGUUGUUGAUGAUGUUGUAACAUUGCCAGAGCGCUAUGACUUCUUUUUGGUGUCGCAGAGUGUUCGCCAAGGAACUGUAUCGCCAACUAGCUACAAUGUUAUCCACGACUCAAUGGGUUUCGAAGCAGACAAACUUCAGAUUCUCGCGUACAAAAUGACCCACAUGUACUACAAUUGGUCGGGUACUUGCCGUGUACCCGCUGUUUGCCAGUACGCACACAAAUUGGCUUUUAUGGUUGCACAAUACUUGCAUCGGGCACCAUCGAAUGCUCUUGAAAGCCAACUUUACUUCUUGUAAGAAGUGAAAAAUGCAUUCCUUCAAAUAAUUUUUGAAUUCAAUGAAUUGUUUUGGACUCUCUGUUAGACAGAUAUGUUUCUAGCUUUUUUUUUGUUUAUUUUUUUUUUACCUUGUUAAUGACAAAUAAUUGUUUUUUUUUAUAUAUUCUUAAGUGACAUGCGACAAUUUAAUCAAACAAAAGUACUAAAAGUGAUACUUAAUUCACCUAAGCUGCCAUCUGAAUGAAGCAGCAUGUUUGUUUUUUUUUUUAUGUCAAAUGACGCAGAUUUUGAUAGUUUAAAUGAAUGAAUUUAUCUUAAUUAAGAUAUGUAUUAAAUUAAUUAAAAAAAAAACCAUUGCUGAACAGAAAAAAUUGUAACAAAUCUUCUAUCAUGUAUUGUAUCUAUGUAUGUUCCUAACAAGAAAUAACAACUUUUUAGUCUCAAUACAAACAAAAUACACUGAUGGCAGUCUUUAAAUCUCAUAAAAACUAAAUAUUACAUACAACUUAAUAAUUGUUAGAUGUUUAAGAUAUACCUACCAUAAUAAUACUAAUUGAAAUCAACCAAAUAAAUAACAUCCCUCCAGAAUGUUUCUAUUAAAGACAACAACAAAUGGAUGUAUGUGUCUGAUGUAUCCAAUAAUAAAAAAAAGUUUAAUUAAAAGAACAAAAUCAUCGAAAUAUAAUCAUAAUUCACUCAACUGCUAAAUUUGUAAUUUACAAAAACAAUAUACUGUUGUAUACAAAAAAGUAUUACAAAAAAAUGAAUAAAAAAAUCUGUUCUGAUUAUGAAAUUUUUGAGUACAAAAAAGUAGAGUUUAAAAUUGAAUCGAAGAAUUUUUGAAUAUAUCUAAACAAAAGUUAAAAAAAACCUUGUUCAAUUAAAAAUUUGUCUUGGAAAAAUUUCUUUAAAAAGAAAACUAUAUUUUGGAUUAAAUUGGUGGAUUUUUUGAGUGCAUCAGAAUUAUAAUUUGACCAAAUAAUAUUUAAAGCUAAAAUGCAAGAAUUUAUAUUUACCAAAUUACAUAAAUAGAAAUUGCUGAAGAAUUAAAUUAUAUAUAGAUGUAUAUGUGUGUAUAAUCAAACUUAAUUAUAAUUAAAUAGUUUUGGCUUUUUACACAAAAACCACAUGCAGUCAGUCAACUUACAAAUUUAAAAAAAACUGAUUUUUUUUUAGAGUUUUUUUAUACUAUACAAAAAAUAAAAUAUAAUUUUUAUAUAAAUUUAUAAAACUGUUAUGAGAAUAAAGAUUUUAUUUUUUUCUUUCUUGUAAAUGUAAAA